AUGUUUAAGAAGAUGCCCGAAAAACUCUUUCAAACAGAUAUAAAGGGAUUAGAGCUUGAAAAAUCUACGAUGAUGCGUCAUAAAAAUGGGACUCACGAAGACUUUUAUGAAAAAUCUUGUGGUUUAACUGGAAAAACACCUGAGCGUAUCGAAGGCGUUAUCCGCGACAGCGCAAUGACUAUUUUUCAAGCUUUUGAGAAUAUAAACAUCAUGUACGAAGUAGGAUUAUGCCCCGACAAUCAUCAAUAA